AGUUUAAUGGUGGUAGAUCUACCAGUUUACCUACUUUACCAGCUACCAGUUUAAUUGGUCUACCAGUUUACCUACUAGACCAUUUAACCAACGUGUCAUCUGUUCUCACCUGCUUGCCGAUCUUAGCCCAGCUUAGACCAUCUAAAACCAGUUACCAGCUGGUGGCCGAUUGGGUAUUAGCCUGUCAGUUCUGAAUAGGGUUGAUUAUUGAACAUCACUUCUUCUCAGGAAUCAGGAUACAGUGUUUCAUUACUAUAGAUGCCCAAUCCCCUCCACCCACCUACCGCUCCCCACCACCACCACUCCGCCCACCCUGGCCUGAUUCUCUGCCCACUUGAGUGCCCCUCAGUCUGUCCACCUCACUGCAGUGAAAGUGAAAGUAAGUGGAGCUGCUGUGAUUCUCCGGUGUUUUACAGCUGGAUUAAACUUCAGAAGAGCAGCUUCGAAUUCAGCAAAUUCAGCAGCUGCAUAUUGACUUCUGUUAUAAGAGAAUCUGAAGUAAACAGUUGGGAAUGUGGUGCACACAGAAGAAGCAAAUCAGAAGACAGAUGGAGAGGUGGAGAGAUGGAGGGAUGGAGAAAUCUCUCCUUCUGCUGCUCUACACAGCUACAUGGGCUGUGUCGGUAUCAGACGGGUUCAACAUCGAUGUAACAAACCCAGAGAGGUUCUCGGGAAGUGAAGAGGAUUUUUUCGGUUAUCAGGGUUCUACAGUAUCAGUCUGACACAAGCAAACAGAUCAUAGUUAGUGCUCCACUGAGAAGAGACAGAGAUGGAAAGGCAUCAGGAGCAAUUUACAGCUGCACACCGAAUACAGCAACCUGUACUCUACUGUACCAGCAAGAGAGCCCAAAAACUAUGGUGAACCUGGUCUUCCUGUUCGAUGGCUCCUCCAGCAUGAUGCCCAAAGAUUUUGCAGUGAAUAAAAGGUUAAUCUGGAAUAUUAUGACACAACUUAAAAACUCUUCCAUUAAGUUUGCUGCUGUCCAGUUUUCUGCAGUUCCCCGGACUGUUUUCACCUUUAAUGAUUACAUGGACGGCACAGCUAAGAAAAAACUUGAUGAGGAGGAGCAUAUGAAGGAUCUCACACACACCCACCAGGCUAUUGACUAUGUUCUAGUAAACCUCUUUAAUAGUAUUUCUUCUGGGGUGGAUCCUGAAGCUACAAAAGUUCUGGUCAUCAUCACAGAUGGAGUUCCUACUGAUUUUAACACCAAAGAUGUUAUAAAGAGGUGUGAAGAUCAACAGAUCACUCGCUUUGUUAUUGGGGUGGGAAAUGUAGACAUAAACAAGCUCAGGAGAUUUGCCUCAGAGCCCAAAGAUAAAAACACAUUCCAGAUUGAAGACUACAGUGGACUGGAAGGACUUUCUCAUAGUUUGCAAACUAAGAUCGACAACAUUGAAGAGAGCCCAAAAACUAUGGUGAACCUGGUCUUUCUGUUCGAUGGCUCCUCCAGCAUGAAAACUCAGGAUUUUUACAUGAAUAAAAUGCUAAUCUGGAAUAUUAUGACACGACUCAAAAAAUUAUCGAUUAAGUUUGCUGCUGUCCAGUUUUCUGGAGUUCCCCGGACUGUUUUCACCUUUAAUGAUUACAUGGACGGCACAGCUAAGAAAAAACUUGAUGAGGAGGAGCAUAUGAAGGAUCUCACACACACCCACCAGGCUAUUGACUAUGUUCUAGUAAACCUCUUUAAUAGUAUUUCUUCUGGGGCGGAUCCUGAAGCUACAAAAGUUCUGGUCAUCAUCACAGAUGGAGUUCCUACUGAUUUUAACACCAAAGAUGUUAUAAAGAGGUGUGAAGAUCAACAGAUCACUCGCUUUGUUAUUGGGGUGGGAAAUAUAGACAUAAACAAGCUCAGGAGAUUUGCCUCAGAGCCCAAAGAUAAAAACACAUUCCAGAUUGAAGACUACAGUGGACUGGAAGGACUUUCUCAUAGUUUGCAAACUAAGAUCUACAACAUUGAAGGAGCUCAGGCUGCCUCACCUCAUAGCUCAUACUUUGAUGAUACUCGGUUCUUUGGGAUGUCCAUGGCAGUGAGGUCCACCCCUUUAUCCGGCCUGACUAGCUGCAGUCCCAGUUUCGCUCCAGACUGUGAAGGAAACUUGUUCCUGAUCAACACCUGCUACCACUUCAGCAGUCAACUGGAACUCAUUGCUAAGGACAAGGUUACUUUCCAAGAGUGCUCAAAAACUAUGGUGAACCUGGUCUUCCUGAUCGAUGGCUCCUCCAGCAUGAAAACCUCUGCUUUUAACAAGAACAAAAAGUUCAUCUGGAAUAUUAUGACACGACUUAAACACUCAUCAAUUCAGUUUGCUGCUGUCCAGUUUUCUGGAGUUCCCCGGAUCGUUUUUGACUUUAAUGAUUACAUGGAUGGCACAGCUAAGAAAAAGCUUGAUGAAGAGGAGCAUAUGAAGGAUCUCACAAACACCCACCAGGCUAUUGACUAUGUUCUAGUAAACCUCUUUAAUAGUGUUUCUUCUGGGGCAGAACCUGAGGCUACAAAAGCCCUGGUCAUCAUUACAGAUGGAACUCCUACUGAUUUUAACACUAAAGAUGUUAUAAAGAGGUGUGAUGAUCAACAGAUCACUCGCUUUGUUAUUGGGGUGGGAAAUGUAGACAUAAGAAAACUCAGGAGAUUUGCCUCAGAGCCCAAAGAUAAAAACACAUUCCAGAUUGAAGACUACAGUGGACUGGAAGGACUUUCUCAUAGUUUGCAAACUAAGAUCUACAACAUUGAAGGAGCUCAGUCUGCCUUCAGGAAAAAGUGGACUAAGGAAUUAUCUCACAGUGGAUUCAGCACUGCCUAUGAUAAAGAUGUUCUGGUUUUGGGCGCAGCUGAAUCAAAUGAAUGGAGUGGAAUGCUUUAUGAAGAUAUGAGAUCUGGAGAUGGAACCAGAGAAAUCAAAGACCCAAAGCUGAAGAAUGAGUCUUACAUGGGUUACUCUGUAGCAGUUGGAGAAAAAGAUGGAAUCUCUCUUUUGUUCUCUGGAACUCCAAGGUUCAAUCACAGUGGUCAGGUGACUCUCUUCAAUAAACAUGAGAAGACAUGGGAAGUCACCACCCAUGUCAGUGGAGAACAGGUCGGCUCAUACUUUGGUGCAUCUCUCUGUUUGUUGGACAUGGACUCGGAUGGUGACACCGACUUUGUUGUGGUUGGAGCUCCUCUGUACUACCAGGCUCAGCCACAGAGAGAAGGCAGGAUGUACGUCUACAAGCUCACAAAUGAGAUGAAGUUAGUGAAGGAACUGGAGGUGGCUGACUGUGUUCAGGGCCAGUUUGCAGCAACUGUAACGUCUGUAGCAGAUCUGAAUGGAGAUGAGCUGCAGGAUGUAGCUGUUGGAGCUCCACUGGAGAACAAUGGCAGAGGAGCUGUUUACAUCUACCUUGGGAACCGCACACAGGGUAUACGUCCACAGUACAGCCAGCGAAUCCUGGCUCAGAUGAUUUCUGAGCAGCUGCAGCAGUUUGGUGUGGCGAUCGAUGGUGUCAUGGACAUGGAAGGAGAUGGACUAACAGACAUUGUCGUGGGAGCACGAGGGACUGUGAUGCUGUUAAAGGCUCAACCAGUUCUGUCUGUUUCUGCAAACCUCAGUUUUUCCCCCUCUGAAAUCAGCCUGGACAACUUUGACUGCCUGGUAAAAACUGAGAACACAAUACCUGUUGCUACCCUCAGUAUCUGCUUCGGUGUGAAAGAGGACACCCACAGUACAGGAGUAGUGAGACGUGGUCUGAAUGUGUCAUUCGAGCUCAGUGCUGAUUCUGUGAAACAGUGGAGUAGAGCAUUUUUCCAGCCGACAAACAAUCAAUCCAGGAAUCUCCUUAAUUCUGUGCUGCUGGACUCACAUUGUUCCUGCUUCAACCAAACACUCUACAUGGAGAAGUGUGUGAAGGACACCUCAUCACCUGUGUUGAUCCAGCUGAAUUUCUCCCAGGCUGAGCAGCAGCCAAGCAGCUCCAAUGCUGUUCUUAACAUUGACAGCAGAACAGAGGCUUAUGUGGAGGUUCCCUUCCAAAGAAAAUAGGAAUCUGAGCUGUGUGGUGCAUCUAGAUCUUGAACAGCGCAUUGCUGGUUGUGUAUGCUGGGAUGUCUUUGUAGUGACAUGCCUGAUGAAUCCAGGCCCUUAUCUGAAAGGGAGGAGCUCUAAAAGCCUCGAAAAUAAAUUGAUUUUGGUUUCUAAUUUUCAUACUCUGUUAUUAUAAAAAUAAACAAUGCGAGACUGCAUCCCCCAUGAUAAAGUCUGCUUAUCUGUCUGUUGUUUCCAUUACCCCUCCUCCCCCACCUCUAAAGUAAAAGUGUUUGAUCCUC